AUUUCUCCAAAAAAUGAAGAACAUUGUUGUGCUCGGCGUUGGCGUUGCCGCCGCGCCUCUCAUCCGCCAGACCAUGCGCAACGUCGUUCUCAAGGACAAGGACUACAAGAUGAUUGUCGUUGCGCCCAACACGCACUUCCACUGGCCCAUUGCCAUGCCCCGAGUCAUUGUGCCGGGCCAGCUGGCCGACGACAAGGCCAUGAUCGACCUCCGGCCCUUUUUCAACGAGUACCCCGAGGCCCAGUUUGAGUUCGUCCUCGGCACCGCCAGCGCCAUGGACCCGGCCAGCAACACCGUCACCAUCGCGCCCAGCGAGGGCGGCAGCCGCACCGUCAACUACCACACGCUCGUCGUGGCCACCGGCAGCUCGUCGCCCGACAUGCCCUGGAAGGUCAUGGGCUCGACCGAGCAGACCAAGCAGCGCCUGCACGAGCUGCAGCAGCAGAUUGAGGCCGCCAAGACCAUCGUCGUCGUCGGCGCUGGCGCAACCGGCACCGAGACGGCGGGCGAGCUGGGCUUUGAAUACGCAAAGGCCGGCAAGAAGGACGUCUAUCUCGUGUACAACGACAAGCUGCCGCUGACGCCGCCCACCAUGGACAGCGUGCGCAAGGCGGCCAAGAACGAGCUGGAGAAGCUCAAGGUCAAGCUGGUGCCCAACACGACCGUCUCUGCCGUCGAGCAGUCGGGCAACGACACCAUCUUGACCCUGACCAGCGCCGACGGCACCACCAAGACGCUCACGGCGCAGGCGUACAUCCCGUCCACCGGCCUUGUGCCCAACACGUCGUUUGUGCCGGCCAAUCUCUUGGACAACAGGGGAUACAUCAAGCAGACCAAGGCUCUCCUGGCAGAGGGCCACGACAACAUCUUUGUGCUCGGCGACGUGGGCAACCUCGAGGCCAGCAAGGCCGGCACUGCAAGCGCGCAGACGAUCCACCUCGUCAAGGCGCUGCCCAUCUACUUCAAGGGCGGCGCGAUGCCCGCGUACAGCCCCAACACGACGGAGAUUUCCGCCGUGACGCUGGGGAGAAGCCGUGCCACUGGCCAGAUGGGCUCGUUCAAGCUGUUUAGCUACCUCAUCUACUACGCCAAGGGCCGAUACCUGGGCACGGACUAUGCCCAUCUGAUUGCGGCGGGCAAGAAGUCUAUGCUGACGAAUUUUGAAAAGUGAAGAGAAUGGUGGUUGUGGAAGACGUGGGUGCUGCUAAUGAGGAUGCGUCAGGCUGUGUGGUUGCCAUUGAGAGUUGACACUCUCUGUUUUGCAUUUCCUUUAUUCUUCUUUUUCUCUUUCUCUUUCCUUUUUAAUAACAAGAUAUCCACUCUUUGUUUGUAAUUUUCUUUGUUAAAAGAUGAUAUCCAAAUUGAAAAGUUGCCUAGGUGCCUAUUAUUAGUGUUUGCCUUGAAGCGGUGGAUUUGUUGGAUGCUCAGCGCUUUCUGCUCAUGUGACAAAGCAAUAGUUUGAAAUGGCAGAUAAGAAAUAUCCAUUGACUAUAUUUU